AUGAGUUCACUCGAUACGAAGGGCACAGAAUCCCUCGGAAACCCCGGCCAUGGUGAAGCAAGUGUGGACGGGGAGCGUGCCCGUCUCCUUCAAAUGAUCAGCAGUAUACAUGGACCCCUCGAUAAUGAAGACUCAAGAUCAUCCCUUCUUAUUCAGGAGUAUAACCAAUUGAUGGAGAUGCGCUCUAGACAAAAGAAAAGGCUUGACCCCUACAAAUUUUUCCCGCCAGAAAUAUGGACACUUAUCCUGGAAUAUGUGGUUGGCGACGAUUCUAAGAAUGCUUUCGAUCUUUGCCUGGUAUCCACGGAAUGGUGUCAAUUCAUAACGUCCAUACCUUGUCUAUGGACUUACAUACAAUUUACAUUCGACGCAGACCUCGAUGCUCUCGAAACAAUGCUCCACCUCUCCUCUCAGACUUCUCUCUCAGUCGUUCUCGAAAUCCCUCUGGUGGGCUCAAAGAUGAAAGAGCUUGUAUUCCAGGCGAGGGACGCGAUGAAGGAUUUACAUGUCAGGAGUGCUAGCUACGUCACUGUAUGGGAAGAUCUCGCAGAACUCUUACAAAUCCUUCGAAUCCUACCCAACCUCGAGACGAUGACUAUGGAAAUGGUAGCAUAUGAUGUUUCACAAUUAUUGCUUGGUGAUAUCAUGGAGGCCCUACCAAACUUGCGAGGGAUUCACCGGUACGGCGGUCCGGCGAUUUUCGAAUGUCAAGGAUAUUUAGAUAUGCCAAAGCUUUCCAAUCUCCGUAGCGUAGGAUUACAGCUUGACCGACACAAUGACAUUCUGUCCAUUCUCCAGCAGUCUGAAAUGUUGGGUAGGCUGACACUAUGUAGCGACAAUGAAAAUUCAUCUGAAGAGGAAUCGUUCGAUAUUGACAUAUUCCCACAAAUGAGACUCGAGCAUCUCGAGCUCAGACUCAAAGGUAGGCUUGCGAAUGCAGUACCAGGUUUGAUUACUGCUGCAUAUUCUACCUUGGUCUCGUUAGAAGUGCGAAUUGAAGACAGUUCGAUGGUACUCCUUGUUGAGAACCAAAUAGAUGUUCCGAACCUAUUAUUCUUGAGUUUAUAUUGGGUAAUGGAUAGGGAUACCCCCAAUACGGCACGGGUGCUUCCUCCCAAAUUUCCAUCCUUACGGAGGCUAAAUUUUGACUAUAACUUCACAUACCAACUUGACGAGACAGCGAGGCCGCUUCUUUUCUUUCAAUGGGCAAGAGGUGCCAUGCAGAAGGUCCAUACUAUUGACAUAGACUCACCAUGGGAGACUAGUUUACUUGCAUCGGAUGUCCUAGAAUUUCUUGGAAAUUGUCCGAGGCUUACGCAUCUCACAGUUGGGGUCCCCAUCGAAGUGGGUCGAUAUGAUACUAAAAGGUAUUUUCAAAAUCUGGAAUCUUUGAAUUUGGGGGAUUCCGAGUUAUUGCCCUUCAUCAAAUCUCCUGAUCUGCUCGAGUUAUCUAUCAUGUUCCCAGAACCUGAGGUUCUGUGGCCAUCGGAUUCAAAGUCACCAUUUGACAUAGGAAAAGAUUCAUUGGAGAUCUACAAUUUCCCCAAUUUAGAGUCAGUUUCUGCCUAUACUCUGUCUUUGGCCCAUAGCUCCCUUUUCCUUUCCUUCAAAUGUCUGAAGAAAAUAUUUCUCACUAGUGAGCAAGUAAUGGAAGGUAUCUGGGACAUACCAAUCGACCGCCUCCUGAGUACAUUGAUCGUAUUCCCUGAUUCCUGUCCCAACCUCGAAAGCAUCUCAUCGUACGACCCUCCAAAUUGGGAAUUGUUAUUCAUGACAUUCAAAGUAAGAAAUAUAUGGACACCAUCUGUCUCUCCGAUCCGUUACCUCCAACUUCUCAACUAUCCAGCGGAAUGGCUACUUCAACCGCUCAAAAGCCUUCUUCGACUCCAGAUACCUACUUCACCUUCCAAAGACAGCUUGUUUGCGCUUACCUUAGGAACUAGGUAUUUUGAUCCAAAUAUCCCAGGCUGUCAUCGUUGUCAUCUAACCGGAUUUGAUUGCAAUUAUGGAUUGUGUAUACGGCCUCAAAAUCAGGACGAAAAUGGUACUCAGAGCAGAACAGACGAUAUUCAUCCGGAUUUUUCUGUUGAUAAGGAUUCAACCUUGACCUUACAGAUCAGGCACGAAAUCUCUCAGAUUCGAUUAAUCAUUGGUAUUCCCAGUGGUAUGCUAGGAUGUGGAGCUGGAAGUACACGUGGGACGCCUGGUGCCAGACAUACCAUCGGUGGUAGAGAUGUGCCGGGCCGGGGUUGCGUCACCUUGCCGCGCUUUCAUUUCACUCACUUCCAAGCCCCGUUAAGUCCUGUUUACGGUGGAAAUAUAUUGAGCAUUCUCGUCGCUACAACAGCCUUCUGA